GUACUUUAAGUUACCAUCUUUCUAAGGCAUGUAGCAACUAAUUCUAUGGACUUUCUCUUCUUGAAUUAGUCCCUGAAUUGAAGCCCAGAGGAAUCCCUGGAAGACUUUCCCUAACAGUUCCAGUAGGAUUUAUAUCAUGCUCUUAAAACCAUAAUUGGGUCUUACUUUCGUGUCUAGCUCACCAUGGGACAGAGGUGCAGAAGAGCAAGUUGUAGCUAAUAAGGCUAUUUCUCUAAGAUCAGUGAUGAUGAGAUUAAGCUGCCUUUGAUUCUUCUAUUUAAUCCUGCUCUGUUGGUUUGACAGCCUAUAAAGAUCAGGAUAUGGCUGUUGGCUGCUGUUCCUGUAUAUAAGCAGUGAUUGAGAGACCAGUAAGACUAGGCUUUGGCAACUAUGAAAAAGGUGACAAAAUCCAUUUUGUUUCUCUUCCCCUCACCACCCCUACCCUACAUUUUUCAGUUCCUGUAGCUGGAGAUCUGUGUUCAAGACUUGUCCUCAUGAUCUCAUUAUACCACCAAUAUAAGCAACUCUGAGCAGGGGUGGCACAUUGUUGCAAUAAUCUCUAUUUGUGUAUUGCUCCUAUCAAAUUUCUGCAAUCUUUUACCAAAAUUUUGGCUUCUAAAAUUUGGUCUACGUUUUGUAUCCUCCUGCGUGUGAAUCUACUAGGCCUUUAAUAGGUAAUUUAUGCAAUCCUCAAAAGGCAGAGAGAGCAUUUAUAAUGCUUGGAAGAAUAAGGGCUGAUCCAUUUAUGUAUGGUUUUUAAAGCUCAAUAGAUUAGACCUAGAGUGAGAAGCAAAGACACUGUAUGUCAUUGAAAACCUCCUGUAGUUGUAGUAUAACGAGGUUUCAAGUCUCUCAGAAACUCAGUACUCAGAGACAAGUGAAUUUUGACUAAUCUACAUAGAGAUGGAGACUGACAGCUAGCCACAAGGUCAGACAGACAGAAAAUCUUCCCCUGCUGACUGUUUGCUAUGACUCUUAUUUUGUUCCACAAAGGAUUUCUUUCCAUUCCAUUAACAUCUGAUUAGAUGGCAGAAACAUUUUAAGAAGCUCUGAACAGUUAUGCAGAUACCAGCACUAUUACUUCCAGAUUCAUUCCCUUGCCAAACAGCAAAAUGACACAGUCAAGAACAAAUCCUCCUACUAGUCAGUGUUUCCUAUUUAGUUUUUGUUUGGAACUGUUGUUAUAAGCUGAUUAAAUCUUUUGUAUCCAUGUUGCAGUUCUGAGGAGCUAGAAGUGUGGAAUAUAGCAAAUACAAGCUGUUGCAAAAUUGCUCCCAUUAGAAAAGAUUACACACGUGAUACAAAACUUUGCCCUAGAACCAAUUCUUGAUACAGCCUUGUCCUCUCUGGGUUGUGAAUGCAGUGAGCCAUAACUCUGCCACUUCUUCCCUUGGGAGACUCUUAUGUAACUGCUCAAGCUGUUUCUCUUGCUGUUCUUCAUAUUAAGCCAAAAUUUUGUUUUGCUUAAUUGUAUCCUGGUACACCUAACAUUGCAAACUGGGACUGUUCGAGUGAAUCCACUCCCUUUUAAGACCCAACCACGCAGUCUGUAGAAAGAGAAGUGCAGCAGUGAAGGCAGUAUUGGAGUUUAAGGGGUCACGAGAGACUAUGACAGCACAAGUGAACAGGCUGGGACAUACCUGGCUCAGCUGAGCGCCCUUCCAGCAGCGGGGCUCACCCAUGGCCGGGGCUGCCUGAGGUUGAGUGCAGCGGGGAGGGUGAGGGCAGGGCUUAUUCCCCUCUGCCUGGCACUUGGUAGGUGGCUUCUGAGGAACUGUGCUCAGUUUCAGGCUUCACAGCUCAGAAGAGAGAUUGACCAACUGAAGAGAGUGCAACCAAGGGCCACUAAUACUGUGGGGAAACUGAAACAUGAGAUGUACAGAGACACUGAGGGAGCUGCUUACCUGGCCUGGAGAAGAGAAGGUUAAGAGGGCAUCUAAUUACUGCUUCAGGUACUCACAAGAGGUUAUGGGGAAACCAGAUCCUCUCACCGUUGUGCAACAAAAGGACAAAAGGCAGCAGUCACAAGUAGCAAUAAGUUUUCGAUAAAUGGACAUUGACAUGGACUACGAAAGACCCAACGUUGAAACCAUCAAGUGUGUGGUGGUUGGAGAUAAUGCAGUGGGGAAGACUCGUCUGAUCUGUGCGAGAGCCUGCAACACAACCUUGACUCAGUAUCAGCUGCUGGCAACGCACGUCCCGACCGUCUGGGCCAUUGAUCAGUACCGUGUCUGCCAGGAGGUCCUUGAACGCUCAAGAGAUGUUGUGGAUGAAGUGAGUGUUUCCCUCAGGCUGUGGGAUACAUUUGGGGACCACCACAAAGACAGGCGCUUUGCUUAUGGAAGAUCCGAUGUUGUUGUUCUGUGCUUUUCAAUUGCUAAUCCUAAUUCCCUGAAUCAUGUGAAAACAAUGUGGUAUCAAGAAAUCAAGCACUUCUGUCCUCGCACACCUGUCAUUCUGGUGGGCUGCCAGCUGGAUCUCCGCUAUGCAGAUCUCGAGGCUGUUAACAGAGCCAGACGGCCUUUGGCAAGGCCAAUAAAAAGGGGAGACAUUUUGCCACCAGAGAGAGGCAGAGAGGUUGCCAAGGAACUCGGGAUACCAUACUAUGAAACCAGUGUGUUUGACCAGUUUGGGAUUAAAGAUGUGUUUGACAAUGCAAUCAGAGCUGCCCUGAUCUCCAGAAGACACCUGCAGUUCUGGAAAUCUCAUUUGAAGAAGGUCCAAAAACCUUUGCUUCAGGCUCCAUUUCUACCUCCAAAAGCCCCUCCUCCGGUUAUCAAAAUUCCCGAGUGUCCCGUGCCGAGCAUGAAUGAAGCUGGAUAUUUAUUGGACAGCCCGCUGUGUGCAGAUGUCAUGUUUGUUCUCCAGGAGCAGGACUGCAUUUUUGCUCACAAGAUUUACCUAGCUACCUCCUCUUCAAAGUUUUAUGACCUUUUCUUAAUGGAAUGUGAGGAAAGUCCCAACUUGGAUGAAACACAGUGUAAUAAAGAAAAUACAAAUAAGGAUGUUCUGACAAGUCACCUUGAGACAAACAGUGACAGUGAUGAGGCAUCCUUGAAAUCUCCUGAUGUUAAAUUUCCCCCAGAAAGUAGUGACUCUUUAAACACUCUAGAACCUGAAUCUGGUGAAACAAACUCUGCAGCAAGAUCUCUGGCAUCCUGGGGUAAGGGGUUUGUUAGUGUGAAUAAGGAAAUGCAAGUGAAUCCUGUCUCAAAGCGGACGUGUCCUGUAACUGUGGUAAAAAUGGAUUCGUCUGUGCAGGCCGGACCUUUUAAAACUGUUUUGCAGUUUUUAUACACAGGCCAACUGGAUGAAAAUGAAAAAGACCUCACCAGACUGGCUCAGAUUGCUGAAAUCUUGGAAGUAUUUGACUUGCGAAUGAUGGUGGAGAAUAUUAUGAAUAAAGAAGCCUUCAUGAAUCAAGAGAUUACUAAAGCAUUUCAUGUCAGAAAAGCUAAUCGGAUAAAAGAGUGCCUUUGCAAAGGGACAUUUUCUGAUGUGACAUUUAAAUUGGACGAUGGAAGCAUCAAGGCCCACAAGCCACUGCUGAUCUGCAGCUGUGAGUGGAUGUCUGCUAUGUUUGGAGGAUCAUUUAUUGAAAGCUCCAAGAGUGAGGUAGUUCUUCCCAACAUAAACAAGACAUCCAUGCAAGCAGUUUUAGAUUACUUGUAUACCAAGCAACUGUCCUCCAGUCAGGAACUGGACACACUUGAGUUAAUUGCAUUGGCAAAUAGGUUUUGCCUUCCUCACCUGAUUGCUCUAGCAGAGCAGCAUGCAGUGCAAGAGCUGACCAAGGCCUCCAUGAGUGGCAUUGCUAUAGAUGGAGAAGUCCUCUCCUAUUUGGAACUGGCACAGUUUCACAAUGCUAACCAGCUGGCAGCUUGGUGCUUGCACUACAUCUGCACCAAUUACAACAGUGUUUGCUCCAAAUUCCGCAAGGAAAUCAAAGCUAAAUCUUCAGAUAAUCAAGAAUAUUUUGAGAGGCAUCGGUGGCCGCCUGUGUGGUAUUUAAAGGAAGAAGAUCACUACCAGCGAGUUAAAAAGGAGAGAGAAAAGGAAGAUGUUGCACUGAACAAACAUCAUUCAAAGCGGAAGUGGUGCUUCUGGAAUUCCUCUGCUGUAGUUGCCUGAACAAAGCAAAUAAGUGGAAAUCCAUAGCCAGAAAUUAGUCUUAUUGUUAGAAAUAAGAUGUAGUUCAGGUUUUCGGGAAACUGUGUUCCACGUGUGCAUUUAUUACUGCUAGGGUCAAAAGCACAAGCUCACUCAAAAUGAGCCUGGAACAGCUCCUUGAAGUCAUCUGUAUAUUUUUUGACUGGUAAGCAGAUAAAUGUCAACCAUUAUUACAUUACUUUUUUUACAAAAAAACCCAAAUCCAGCAUUAAUGUUUCAAUCUCCAGUUGGGAAAUAUUUUUAUACUCUCUCGUGUAUUUUGGUCAGAUAAAAUUCUGGAUACCGUUUUAUUUUACAGACACAAAAUAAUCAUGUAGCAGCUUUGUAAUUAGAUUUUAACUAUUUUUACUAUGCGAGUACAGUGAAAUAGACAAUCUUCAGUCAUAAGAGACUGCUUUUAGAGUAUCUCAUAAAAGGUCAUCUUAGGAAAAAAAUCUAGUUGCCUACUAUAGGUUGUCUUUUUCAAACUAAGUACUGUGCACUGGUAAUAUAAUUAGAUGGUUAUUUCCCCUUUCUAAAGCAAAGGGUUAGAAUAAGAUCCAAUAACUGCAAGAUAUAGAGUGCUUGAUCUUUGCUCAGCUGAAUAAUAGACAGCAUAAUUACCUGUUCAACUGCAGGCAAAUGUAUUUCUGAUAUUUGCCAUGUAAGUGCAAAUAAUUACGACUACGUGGGCCAUGUGAAAUCUAGUGAUUCUAAGUAUUCAGAGGUUUUAUAUGUCUAGAUCAAAGAGGAUAUUUCUAAAAUCAUUUAGAAGGGCUUAUUAAUUUAUAUCCUUAUACAAGUAUGGAUCUGAAUGCAAAAAGCAGUUACACUGCUUGCAUUUGAAUUACUGCAUGGCAGUUACCUUGUUCUGCAGGAUCUUCACCAUGCAGCAGCCAUUCCUCAUGCUGAAUUCCUUUUUGCUUCAGUGCAAGCAAAUGAAAGGGCUGCAAAAACAAGUAGAUGUUAUCUAGUGUUCCAGCAUUUUGUAAGUGAAGAAGGGUCUUCACACACAAGAUUACUUCAGUUUGAUCCAAAUUCUUUUAUAGCUUUUCCCAUGUAGAACUCAGUUUUAGGUUAUUUUUAAGUAGGUGAUAUAUUUCCCCUGGAAGUAGAUGUUCCCAGAAUGCUGGGGGCAAACUCAUGGUGGUAAGGCAGGAGUUCUGCACAAGUGGUGCAAGACAAGAAAAAGCUUCCAGUGUUUCCAAAUAGCCUGUGUGUUUAUGACUUUUUAUCAACCAUUACUCUAAAGCUGCAGUGUUACACUAGAUUACAUAAGGAUGAGAACAUUUUUUAAAAGACCAAAACUCAAAUACAUAGACUGUAGAACAUACACAUGCAAUCCUGUGCAGUGUCUCAGGCACAACUCUGUAACCAAGGUAGUAUUGUGUAUUAGGUUUGUUAAUACUGUUCUGUGCUGGCAGCUCAGCACACCAAUGUGAAAAGCUGUUUGUUUGUUUGUGGUUUUUUCUCUGUAUCCAAAGGCAAGGCAGUACAGUCACCCCCCAGAACUGUAGGUCAGGAAAGGCUUUGGCCUGAAAGCCAUAAACACCUCGACAUAUUUGCGUUCUGCAUGGACUCCUGCUCAGCUGAGGCUACCACAGGAUGGUAGGAGCCACCCAGCAUGGGAGGAGAGGCUGCUCUACAAACCUUUGUGAGGAAAGCAAGUGAGAGAUUCCUACCCCUCUGAGAUUUGUCACCGCAUGGUGAUAAAGAAGGGCUAUAAAUGGUGGUUGCAAAUAUGUCUCCUUAAUUCUUGGUCAGUGACAAUGUGGACAAGAACAUGGAAUGAGAGAAGACGUGUCAAGACUGAGAUAAAUAGCUGUUGUCAUAAAAUGUUAACCAGUCACAUUUUAAGUAAGUAUUGCUACUAGGUUUUACACAACCAAAGCUACUGUAUGAUUGUAAUCUUGCCAAACUGUAAUGGAUAUAUAAAUGAACCUGAGGUAUAUGCAAUAAUAUCCAGUUAUUCUAGUUAUCAGCUACUAUAACCAAGUGGCUGGUUCAUUUGGUUAAUGCUGUCUAUGGCCUUUAAUCUUGGUGGUUAUUUUGUGUUUUUUAUUUUGGAAAAAAAAGUCAAUAAAACUGUUUAGUUACAAA